AAUACAAUUGCAUUUCUUAAGUAAUUAUUCAGAAAGAUUUGUAGCGCACAAAAAUACGGUUUCGAAAAAAUGACGGGAUGUUACAUAGCGCGAAAAAAUUAGGGUUUCGACCAAUGACGUCACACGACCCUUUUCAACUUCUCAUUGCACUAAUUCACCAGUGCAGCAAUAAAGAACAAACCCAAGAUCAGUAUGCAUGGGUUAUUAAAUAAAAAUGGAGGAAAGGGCAAUGUUAUGGAUGCUUUCUCUUGUUAUGUUCGUUGGCUCUUGUGUAGCUGGAUCAUUGCCAUUAGUUAUAAAUUUAUCAGAAGACAAGUUACAAUUAGUAUCAAUAUUAGGAGCAGGACUUCUUGUUGGUACUGCGUUAGCAGUGAUUAUACCUGAGGGUAUAAGAGCAUUAUUUACUGGUGGAAAUGCUAAUGAAAAAGGAUUAUAUAGUGAUUUACAUUCUUUAAUUGGAAUUAGUUUAGUACUUGGUUUUGUAUUUAUGCUUUUGAUUGAUCAAUGUUCAGCCAGAAAAAGUGGAGGAAGACAAAAAAGUAUUACAGCAACUUUAGGUCUUAUAGUACAUGCGGCAGUUGAUGGAGUUGCGUUGGGAGCGGCUGCUACAACAUCUCAAGCUGAUGUUGAAGUGAUAGUUUUUUUUGCUAUAAUGUUACACAAAGCACCAGCUGCAUUUGGACUUGUGUCAUUUCUUCUUCAUGAAGGUGUAGAUAGAAAGAGAAUAAGUAGACACUUAUUAAUUUUCUCUCUUGCAGCACCAUGUCUUGCACUUGUAACAUAUUUCGGAAUUGGAAAAGAAGGAAAAGAAACGCUAAGUACUGUCAAUGCAACUGGUUUGGCUAUGUUAUUUAGUGCUGGAACAUUUCUUUAUGUAGCAACUGUACAUGUUUUGCCAGAAUUAAUGACAAGAAACAGUAAUUACUUACAUUUGCCAAACGUCGAAGGUACGACGUCAUCUGUGACUGGACUUAAAGUUAAAGAAAUAUUAUUCUUGGUAAUAGGAUCAUUUUUACCUGCUUUGAUUACAACUGGACAUCAUCAUUGAUUAAAAUAAGUAUUAUAUAAAAGAUUUUUUUUCACAUCUGUAAUGUUUAGCA